AGACUUCUCCAGUCACUCGUCUCUCCAUAUUUUUCAAUUCCCUUGUAAUUUCUUUUCUUUCUUCUCAUCUUCUCUGCAUCAGGAGUGGUUUUAACUCGAGCCCCCUGUUUCUAUAGCGGAAGAAACUAUGGCGACCUCCUCUUCCCUCACCGUCUCCCAAGCUCUUGUGGGUCGUACCACCAUUUCCCACUCUGGCUCCACCUCUCAUUCUGACUGUCUUGCCCUCCCUGGCUUCAGACUCAGCACUCUCUCUGGAAGAGGCAUCAAAUCCCAGUCUCUUCGCAUCGCUGGUUCCCUCAAGCGCGUGAGCUCUCGUUCUUCCAUCCGUGCGGCCGCUGUGGAGACCCUGAACAAGACAGAGACGAGUUUAGUAGAGAAAUCGAUCAAUACGAUUAGGUUCCUCGCGAUCGAUGCCGUCGAGAAGGCCAAUUCUGGGCACCCCGGUUUGCCGAUGGGCUGCGCUCCCAUGGGUCAUAUUUUGUACGAUGAGUUGAUGAAAUACAACCCUAAAAAUCCCAAAUGGUUCAACCGUGACCGCUUCGUGCUCUCUGCUGGACAUGGUUGCAUGUUACAGUAUGCUCUGCUUCAUCUUGCUGGAUUCGACAGUGUAAAGGAAGAAGACUUGAAGGCUUUCCGUCAGUGGGGAAGCAAAACUCCUGGUCACCCUGAAAACUUUGAGACACUUGGUGUUGAAGUAACUACAGGUCCUCUUGGUCAGGGUAUCGCCAAUGCCGUUGGGCUGGCACUUGCAGAGAAGCACUUGGCUGCUCGUUAUAACAAACCUGACUCCGAGAUUGUUGACCAUUACACAUAUUGUAUAUUGGGAGAUGGUUGUCAAAUGGAAGGUAUCUCAAAUGAAGCUUGCUCCCUUGCUGGGCACUGGGGACUUGGUAAGUUGAUUGCUUUCUAUGAUGACAACCACAUCUCCAUUGACGGAGACACAGAGAUUGCAUUUACCGAGUCCGUCGACAUCCGUUUUGAGGGUCUUGGUUGGCAUGUGAUUUGGGUAAAGAAUGGUAACACUGGAUAUGACGAGAUUCGUGAGGCCAUUAAGGAAGCAAAGGCUGUCAAAGACAAACCCACCCUGAUCAAGGUCACUACUACCAUUGGUUAUGGGUCCCCGAACAAGGCAAACUCAUAUAGUGUACACGGGAGUGCUUUGGGUGCGAAAGAAGUGGAUGCAACAAGGCAGAACCUUGGAUGGCCGCAUGAGCCUUUCCAUGUUCCUGAGGAAGUGAAGAAGCACUGGAGCCGCCACAUUCCUGAAGGUGCUGCUCUUGAAUCUGAAUGGAAUGCCAAGUUUGCAGAGUAUGAGAAGAAGUAUAAGGAGGAAGCUGCGGAAUUGAAGUCCAUUAUCAAUGGUGAACUGCCUGCUGGUUGGGAGAAGGCUCUUCCGACUUACACUACAGAGAGCCCUGCAGACGCCACCAGAAAUCUCUCUCAACAGUGCCUCAAUGCACUUGCAAAAGUUCUCCCUGGUUUACUUGGUGGUAGUGCAGAUCUUGCAUCCUCCAAUAUGACCUUACUGAAGAUGUUUGGGGACUUUCAAAAGAACACCCCAGAGGAGAGGAAUGUCCGUUUUGGUGUUAGGGAGCAUGGUAUGGGUGCCAUCUGCAAUGGCAUUGGCCUGCACAGCCCUGGUCUUUUCCCCUAUUGUGCCACCUUCUUUGUGUUUACUGACUACAUGAGGGCUGCAAUUAGGAUCUCUGCUUUGAGUGAGACUGGAGUCAUUUAUGUGAUGACCCAUGAUUCAAUUGGUCUUGGAGAGGAUGGGCCAACCCAUCAGCCAAUUGAGCAUUUGGCUAGCUUCAGGGCCAUGCCUAACAUCCUGAUGCUCCGCCCUGCGGAUGGGAAUGAGACUGCUGGUGCAUACAAGGUUGCAGUUCUCAACAGGAAGAGACCAUCAAUCCUUGCCCUGUCUCGUCAAAAGCUUCCCCAUCUUUCUGGAACAUCCGUUGAAGGAGUUGAGAAGGGAGGGUACACUAUAUCAGAUAAUUCUUCAGGAAACAAGCCAGAUGUUAUCUUGAUUGGUACUGGUUCUGAAUUGGCGAUUGCUGCAAAGGCUGCCGAUGAGCUCCGGAAGGAAGGGAAAGCAGUCCGGGUUGUCUCUUUUGUAAGCUGGGAGUUGUUUGAUGACCAGUCAGACGAAUACAAGGAGAGUGUCCUUCCAUCUGCUGUUACGGCCAGGGUAAGUAUCGAGGCAGGAUCAACAUUCGGAUGGGGGAAGAUUGUGGGUACCAAGGGGAAGGCAAUUGGAAUUGACAAGUUUGGGGCAAGUGCACCUGCAGGAAAAAUAUACAAGGAAUACGGUAUUACAGCUGAGGCUGUCAUUGCAGCAGCCAAAGCAAUUUGCUAGAGGCCUUAUUAGUUUCAUUUCACUACCUUAUUUUAUUUGGCAUUUGGGUUUUGGUUCCAGCAUUCCAAGUUUGAAGAUACAGUGAAGAAGCCCGAGUCUGGAGAGCUUGUGAGUCAGUAAAUGGCCUAAUGUAAUAAAAUAAGAAGAGAAUCUUUAAAUUUUUUUUUUUUUUUUUCCAUAUUUCCUGUUAUGUUCAUCAAUGGAGCCCAGUUAAAAGCCUCCAACUUCGAAUCAGGAGCAAGAGUACUCAAGGGAUGAUCAAUGUUGAUGAAAAUCUGUAAGAACAAUGGAUGAUUUAUUUUUCAUUUUUGUAAUA